CCUGGAAGUGGUCACGCGGUCAACAGCGAUAAAGAAGAUUCUCGUGAUGAACUCCGUCCUUCAACUCAAGCUCUCCAGUUUGGUCUGAGUCUGAAGCGUCCAGCGAGAAUGCGCUUGGCAGACGCGUUGCCUCGCCACUUCUCUCUGUUCCAGCUCCUAAUCGUGCCCAGACUGUCGAUUCUGAAGGUGGAAGCAGCUUUAUGCUCAACAACCCAAGCUGCCGUCGCUGCAGCACCACGCAACUUCUCGGCUCUUGUAGCUGUUGCGCCAGUCUCCACCUCAGCACGGCCGGUCCAAUUCCCGCACACGAUCGCUCGUCUCCCUAGAUCCGAUCCGCUCCGCCCUCGUGGAGAGAGAAAAUGAAGCUUUGAGCUACAGCAUCAGGAUCGAUGAACUCAUUACCCGCAUCUCCAUGAAUCGAGAGUCCCUGUCUCAGGCCUCCUUCGGAAACACCAUCGCGACCCUCGCCACCAAGAGCU